AUGCCUGACUCAGAGCAUGUUUUCUUGUUUCUUCCUUCUUUCUUAUCUCUGAUUUUGUUCUUCAUUCUCAUCAAGAGAAAGCGAAGAAGAUUCAAUCUUCCACCUGGCAGAAUGGGGUGGCCUUUCGUGGGUGAAACAAUUGGUUACUUGAAGCCUUACUCUGCUAUAUCAGUGGGAGAAUUCAUGCAGCAGCACAUGUCAAGGUAUGGGAACAUCUACAAAUCAAAUUUGUUUGGCGAGAAGACAAUCGUCUCCGCAGAUGCUGGGUUGAAUAAGUUCAUAUUACAGAACGAAGGAAGAUUAUUUGAGUGCAGCUAUCCGAGAAGUAUUGGUGGCAUUCUCGGGAAAUGGUCUAUGUUGGUUCUAGUUGGAGACAUGCACAGAGACAUGAGAAUUAUAUCACUGAACUUCUUGAGCAACGCCAGGCUGAGGACUCAUCUGUUGAGAGAAGUGGAGAAGCAUACCUUGCUUGUUCUGAGUACCUGGAAAGAGGAUUGCAUAUUUUCAGCUCAGGAUGAAGCAAAAAAGUUCACUUUCAAUUUGAUGGCAAAAAAUAUUAUGAGCAUGGAUCCUGGACAUCCUGAGACCGAGCAGCUCAAGAAGGAAUAUGUUACUUUCAUGAAAGGAGUUGUUUCGGCUCCUUUAAAUUUACCUGGAACUGCAUAUAGAAAGGCCUUACAGUCUCGAUCAACUAUCCUCAAAUUUAUUGAGAGGAAAAUGGAAGAGAGGAUAAAGAAAACGAAGGAGGGAAAAGAAAAUCCCGAGGAAGAUGAUCUUCUUGAAUGGGUUUUGAAGCAUUCAAACCUUUCGACAGAGCAAAUCCUUGACUUGAUCCUGAGCUUGCUCUUCGCUGGGCAUGAAACUUCAUCAGUAGCCAUAGCUUUAGCCAUCUACUUCCUGCCGGGUUGUCCCACGGCUAUUCAACAGUUGAGAGAAGAACACCUUGAAAUUGUCAGAGCCAAGAAGCAGUCAGGGGAGAUGGAACUGAACUGGGAUGAUUACAAGAAAAUGAAAUUCACACAAUGCGUUAUCAAUGAGACGCUUAGGCUCGGUAAUGUUGUCAGAUUCCUUCAUAGAAAGGCUCUCAAAGAUGUUCGGUAUGGAGGGUAUGAUAUUCCAUGUGGCUGGAAAGUGCUCCCAGUGAUUGCAGCUGUGCACUUGGAUCCCUCUCUUUUUGACCAGCCUCAACACUUCAAUCCAUGGAGAUGGCAGCAAAAUAAUAAUACUACUUGUGGGACGUCUCCUUCGUCUUCGUGCCCGUCGACGCCCACCGCGUCGAGCAGCAAUUACUUCUUGCCCUUCGGGGGAGGACCACGGCUAUGCGCGGGGUCAGAACUGGCUAGACUCGAAAUGGCGGUCUUCAUCCACCAUUUGGUCCUCAACCACCAAUGGGAGUUAGCUGAUGUGGAUCAAGCCUUUGCCUUCCCUUUUGUCGACUUCCCCAAAGGCUUACCCAUCAGAGUCCAGCGCCACACUUCGGAUAUGAAUUAAAAAAGAGACAUGGGUCCUUUCUGGCAGUCUCAGCCGCUCGGGCAUUGCACCAAAGCUACUAGCUUUGAUCUGUGCGUGGGAGACGAUGUUGGCUUUUGUAUUUGCCAACGGUUUUAGUUGUUUGACGUUUAUAUAUAUAUAAAUAUCACAUGAAGAAAAAGGGGAAAGACAAAGAGAAUCAAAGUACGUAACAGAGAUAAAAAAAAUAUAUUUUAGGACCACCUAAUAUAUAUAUAUAUAUAUUCAUCCACAAUAUUGUAAAUUUUUAUUUGAGAUUUAUUAUUAUUAUUAUUAUUAUUCAUUGAAAUAUAUAUAUUUAUGUGUUAUGGCUUUUCUUUUCAUGUAGUUUGCUUAUUUGAAGUAAAAUUUAAAGUAUAUAUGGUAAA